CACUAAACUUCAUAUUUAUUUUUCUGUAUUUAAAAUUUCUACGUGCUUAUUUAUUAAAUCAAGUUGUCAGUGUUAUUUUUUUUAAAAAGAAAUAUUGCGGAGGUAUGGAAACGAGCAGGUUUAGUUAUAGUGAAUGAAUUGAUUUUGACAUACUUUUUUCGAGUUAAAAUAGUUAAAAUCUGUGUAACUUUAAAAGUUUAAGUGUUUUGUGAAUUAAUAUUAACGAUAAUUAAAUGACAACGAUAUUGAUUCUUUCAGCAGUACUUCUCGCCUGUUUUUUUUUUUUUAUUUUGCUGACUGAUUUUUAACCCGUUUAUCAGCUAAAUAUAGAAAGGGGAAACUUUCCAUCAAAGAUGCGAAACAGGCUCUGGGCUGAGUGCAUAUGGGAUAUUUUAGCACAUAUAAUCCCUCCCCAGAGCAUACCUGCCCCGCCCCGGGGAACUGCAUCAGUUGCAAGAAACGCUCAUGUGUAAUAUUAACUGAAUGCAAUUCUAAAUAUUUCCCAAUAUUUCGCUACAUAUUACAUUCAUUAUCCACCGCAAUCCUUUAAGGAGGCAGUCCUAUAAUUAUUAGCUUCUUAUCAAAGCAUAGAGACCUUAAUUUGCAUGUGCCAAGAAUCAAACAUGCAGUUUGACUCCGAUGAUUGCAAACGUCAGUACUACGUCAUUCUGUCGGCUCUGCUGACACUGCACCGACUCACAGAUUCCACGUCCUAACUAACAAAAGGAAAUUUUGCAUCGUGGCCACGCAAUACCUGCCUAUAUGGAUGGAUCUUAACUGAGCAGGAGCAAUCAAUGCAGGAGCAUUGUGGCGUGAUGGCAGAGGGCCGGUCCUGUUUCCUAGGCAACAGCCAUUGCAAAUAAGCUGAUAGGGCACUGCGCUCCCAACACCUACACCGGUGAUGUCACUUCCUUGGUCUGUGCGGUUGUCCCAGCGACGCAGGCGGAAAGGCGGUGUUGGGUACCCAAGAGACCAGUCGGUUGGAAGUCACUUCCUCCCGGGGACGCUGUUGCCUGGCAACCGCCUUCCGCCUCCAUCUUUUGCCCCGCCUCCAGCUUAUUCCGAUACCUGGUUUCCCAGACCGUGAGGCCCGGGCCGGGGGCGACACCUAUGCUAGACCAUAGCCGCUGGAUUCUCAGCCACCAUCCUAGAUUGAAUGAAUUGUUUCAAUUAUUUAUUAACUGUUGUAUAAAAGAGAAAAAGGAUACACUAUGUCGGAUGAAAUCUUCAGCACAACUUUGGCAUAUACCAAGAGUCCAAAAGCUACUAAGAGAACUUCUUUUCAGGAUGAGCUGAUCAGAGCAAUUACAGCCCGGUCAGCCAGGCAGAGAAGUUCCGAAUACUCGGAUGACUUCGACAGUGAUGAGAUUGUUUCUUUAGGUGAAUUUUCAGAUACCUCAACAGAUGAAAGUCUCAUUAGAAAAAAGAUGAAUGAUUUUCACAUGUCUGAUGAUGAGGAAAAGAAUUCUCCACGACUGUCUUUUUUGAAAACCAAGAAAGUAAACAGUGAAAUAUCCAAAGAUGAUCUGGACUCCGUCAUUCUAGACAGUGAAGGCACGUCACCAGAUGCUCAAGAAGAUAUGACUGGAAAUUCCACCCCCAAAUCUCAAAAUGAUGAUCAAGACGUUGGCAGAGAGGUCAUUACAAUGAAGCCUACACCCAGGAUGCUCCCCGGCAAAAGAAGUACAUCUUCAGGGGAAAACAGCAGCAGUCUUGAUACAGAUGGCCACUUUAAGCCUUCGCCCCGGCCAAGGAGCAUGUUAAAAAAGAGCUGGCACCCUGAGGAGGGAGUCAGGUCAGGAGUUGAUAAAGAAUAUUCUACAACCGAAGAUUCUGCCCCCACACCUUCCCUUCCAAGACAGAAUGGCACAGAGCUGCAGACGGAGGAAAAAGUGUGCUCAGAAAACCUCGAUCUCGAGGACUCACUCUUACAAAGUCUGACCUCAUCUUCCCUCAAAGAAAGCCCUGGAGGUUGCAUAUCACCAGGAUCUCAGGAAAAGACACCCAUAAAAGAUCAUGAUGGAGAACCUACUGAAAUCUGGGAUUCCUUGAUAUCAAAUGAAAAUGAAGGAAGUUCCAUUUUGGUGAACUGUGUUACUCCUGAACUUGAGCAGCCCAAGGAAGGUCAGGUGGCAGCUGACAACCUUGAGGAAGAAAGAGAGAAGGGUGGAUUUACAGAGGAUGACCUCACCACUGACCCAUUGCUCUCCACGUCCCCGAGUGUCAUAACGCCCACUGAGCCAGCAGAGCCGGCCAAGAAAACAAAUGAAGUCAAAACCACAAAGAAUAAAAAGACAACGAAUAACAGAGUGUCCAGUGCCUCUGGCAGGCUGAUGACCUCUGAGUUUUUAAAGAGAUCAGGUCCCACCAAAAGAAGUCCAUCUGCAGCUACCUCCUCUCACUAUUUAGGGAGUUUGAAAGUCUUGGACCAGAAGCCACCACGGAAGCAGAGCCUAGAGCCAGACAAGGCUGAUCACAUAAGGGCAGCGGUUUAUCAGGAGUGGUUAGAAAAGAAAAAUGUGUAUUUACAUGAAAUGCACAGAAUAAAAAGAAUUGAAAGCGAAAACUUGAGGAUCCAAAAUGAACAGAAGAAAGCUGCUAAGAGAGAGGAAGCACUAGCGUCAUUUGAGGCCUGGAAGGCUAUGAAGGAAAAGGAAGCAAAGAAAAUAGCUGCAAAGAAGAGGCUGGAGGAGAAGAACAAAAAGAAGACAGAGGAGGAAAAUGCUGUGAGGAAAGGCGAGGCCCUGCAAGCAUUUGAGAAAUGGAAAGAGAAAAAGCUAGAAUACCUCAAAGAGAAGACCAGGAGGGAGAAAGAAUCUGAAAGAGCGAAGAAGCAGAAGGAGGAAGAAGCGGUCGCCGAGAAGAAGAAAGACAGUGUGACUGCCUUUGAGAGAUGGAGCGAGAAAAAGGAAGCUCUCCUCAAGCAAAAGGAAAAGGAGAAAAUAAAUGAGAGAAGAAAGGAAGAGCUGAAGAGAGCGGAGAAGAAAGACAAAGACAAGCAAGCCAUCAGCGAAUACGAAAAGUGGCUGGAAAAGAAAGAAAGGCAAGAAAGAAUUGACCGGAAACAGAAGAAGCGCCACUCUUUCCUUGAAAGUGAGACACACCCUCCAUGGAGCCCUCCAUCCAGAACUGCGCCCUCAAAAGUAUUUUGAUGUUUCUGCUUCUUGAUAUUUUUUUUUCAGUUCACCAACUUUACCCAUGGAUUUAAAACCAGUCAUCUCAUUAUUUGUGGCUAGAAGAAUCUAUUUCAUUUCCCUGCAGGAGCUUCUGUGGAGCAUGAAAGAGAUACUUUGCAGUUUAAUCAGUGGGAACAUUUUCUGGUGUCCUCAUCAGAUUGCUGGGACAAUCCAAAUGCGUGAAGUUUUAUCAUGUCUUGACUGUACCUGGAGUGGGGUGAUGCAUGGUCACUGUCACUGAGUUCUGAGUCUUCUUAAAUCAUGUUUGAUCCUACGAAUGAAAGAAUGACAGUGAGACAGAUACCACAGUCAUAGAGAUGAUUCAGUCUGUGGAACCCUGUGCUUUCACAGUGCAGUUUGGGCUGAGGGUCCCUGGAGAGUACGGCUGUGUUACCUCCAGUGCUUCGGCUCAGAUAAGUAUCUUUGCUGUACAAGUUAAAGACUCAGUCAGCUGAGGCCACAGAACUGGUCAGACACUUGAUUUAAGAACUUUGCCUUAGGGUCUAAUCUCGGUGCGUGUUGCAUACAUGAGGCUUACCUGACAAUCACAGCCGCUUCUAGAAUGGGCUUGCUUCUGGAAUGUUCUUUCUAAGGCCCAUCUCAAUCUCUUUAUUGUUUGAUUGACACCAAAAAGCAUCAGUGUGAUGGUAGUGGUUUCUUAUAGAGUAGUUGUGAAAAUUUCAGGGUGACUAUCAACGUUUUUCUAGACUAAAGUUAUAAAGGUAAUGAAGGUAAUUCCCAGGAUUUCCCCAUUUUCUUAACUAAUUAAGAGUGGUUCAACUUGCAUUUUGAAGCCAGUUGAAUAAGAAAGUAAAUUUGUAAAAAUGUUCAAGAUCGUUUAUUUAUUAUUUAUUUAUUUAUUUAUUUGACCUCUGCUUCUCCCUGAAUCAACUGAUCCUAUACUUGACUGGCCAUCUCUUAAAACAGAUUAAUUGUUGGAAUGCUGCUGUAGGCAAUGAUGCAAUGCAGAGACAAUCAAUGGAAAACAUACUCGCUACUGUUCUCUUAGCUCUGACGUCAUCUCUGCUGGACCUUUCUAGAUGUGAUUCGUCAACUUUAUUGCAACUAUUCAGGGUAGAUAGUGUUAGCUUUAUUGUGCAGUGCAAAGACUGAGACUGAGAAAGUCAACUACCUUGCCAUACAGCUAACAUGUGCAUGGUGGGGGACCAGAACUCAACAUCUCCCUUGAUACCCAUGUGACUUGAGAGACUGUGACUCUGACUUCUUUGUUCAUCAGCCUUGCAAAUUCCUGUCACUCCCAACGGUAUAAAUUCAGGCAGUGUUGGUGAGGCAUGCCUUUCUCCUAGCGUUUCCUUACAUCUAUGAAAUGAAAUGAGGAUUCAUGGGAUUUAAAACAUUCAUCUACCAUCUGAUGAGUGUCAACAAAGCCAGCAGCUUGUGUAGGAUCCAUUGAGCAGUAUUGAACCUUGGGAUAUACAGAAAGCAGGACGUCAGGAGCUGCUUCGCAGCCUCAUGGAUCAGAUGGAAUCACAUACAAGACAUCGGCAGAUGAGCAUCCUGUCAGAAAUGGUCACUGAAAGAUUCUCAGAGUGCUCUCUGUCUGGGAUUCAGGACUCAGAUUUGUGUGGUUUCCUCAAAUUGCAGACAAUCGAGCCUGCCAGACUAGAGUGAUAUGGGCCUCGUGUGUUGAAUUGGGAGUGAUUAAUAAAAAGGGUUGCACAGUAAGGAUCUCAAAGGAAGAGCAGACAAAGGUGUAGCUGCUCCUAGUGAUCAGACCCCCGAGGUGUGCGUGUUGUGAUUCCACACCAGGCGUGUACUUCCACACCCAGACCACUCUCUGCAGUGUUGUGUUAGCUCCUCAAUCAUGUCGAAUGGCUGAUUUAAGUUAAGUAUUUGGGACAGAAGGACUCUGCAAGUAUUCAUCGUUAUCCUUUACGUACUGCAGCUCCCCACGGUGGGCAUGAGGUCGGUGUGGGAUGAGCAGCACAGCCGUCAUUUGGCGUACAUUUUUACCACACAAAAGAACUCCAUCUUCUGGUCCAUCUUUGAUGUACCAGUCACAGUCAAGCACUGCCUGGGACAGAACCCUCUGAGAAGACAUCUAAAUACUGGUUUCUUGAAAUUGCUUCUGAAGAGAAUGAAGUGACAAAUGCAGAUGGGCCCAAUGGCCCCAAAUGCCAUUUCCUCUAAUGUGAUUAGCAUGGGUAUAUUUAUAGGGCGAGUACUAGUUUUUCUCCCUACUUAACCCCUGUUCACCUUGUGUGGGAUUUAUCUAGUUAAAUAAGACUACCCUUUCUACUGCAGUAAAAAUAAAGCAGACCUUGUACAGUGGGUGAACAUCCAGUUCUGUAAUGUGGCAGUCCGAAUUACAGGGGCGCGGAAACAGGCCUGGUCAGGUCAUCCUAACAUGUUUGUCUGUUUAAGGACUAAGACUUUUGCUGCAUUUCCUUAAAAUGUACCAAGUAUCAACAUAGAUAAAUUUACAAUAAUAAAACACAAAACUCUGAUAUGAAAGUUAGUUCCACAGUAACAGCAAAAAGACACCACACACAUCCCAAGGAAUAGAACGGUACAUUGGAGGAGUUACAGCUUCCUCAAGGAACUCCGCUAAGAACUGCUAGGGGUAACAGUAUUCCGGCGGCCUGCGUGUCACCCUGGAAGGUACUGGUUCACUAGUUGUAGAUUGUACAGAUCGCUGUUGUUUUCACUUAGGGUUUUACUGACAAAGCACUACCUUGUAGGAGCUCAAGAGCUACAGUUGGAUGCUCCUUGGAGUGAUGUAGCUUACUCAAUCUGGACUAGACUCUUUCUGUGUUUUUAAGUGUCUGAUGCCCAACACUUUUGCAUUUUCCAAGCUCAAAUUCCUAGUGUUAUCAUUCCGGCUGACAGCAGGCCCUUUGCCCAUCUUCCCACAGUCGUGGUCCCCUAAAAUGCUCACCCCAACUUCCUUUAACUGUGGGUGUUGCUCCUGUGGCUCCUUGUUACUGUCUCCCAUUUCCCUUCUCCCCAGCCUUCCAGGAGAAACAGCUGUUUGGUUUCUUGCACUGCUAUGAGAAAACAGUGGCACCACUUAAAUCCUAAAUUGGGCCUAAAACACAACAGACAGGAGCUUUCACAGAACAGGGGAAGUGCGUGCUAGUCAAAAUUAUUCUCAAAAAUAAGGUGGUACAGGAACCAGAAUUGCCUAAUUUAGCUAGACUCUUGGUUCAAUUGUACUGUACUAAAAGGCAUUUAAAAACCUAUGUGUGUCCAUUCUACACAAAGCAAAUUAUUGAUUUUCCUCAUUCCUAGUUACACUGACUCUUGCUAGAGUAGUGAAAUGCUCUGUGAGUGUGGAACUGGAGGCUUUUCCCAGCCCUUUUACUUAGAUAUGUCAUGUGAUACUGCUCUUUUGGAAUGCUGUGCUACACGUAGUGGUAAUUGUAUAAGGUUAAUCCAGAGGAUGUGAAUUCUUGGUGCUGAAUUUAGGGUGUCUUUGGGAUUACUGGGGAGAUACAUUUAAUGCCUGCCCCUUAGUGAUACAUUUUUGUUUCAUAAUUUAUUCAAGUUAGCCAUUUGCAGUUUAGUUUAUUGAGUGUUAUAAUUUAUUAGUUGUACACCAGGUGUUAGUAAAUGGAUGUGUGUUUAUUUCUGAGCUAAAGAUAAAAUAUGUGAUGCUGAUAUAUCUUUCAUUGAAAAGAAAUGGUGGACAGGAAGUGAUUUUCAACUUAAGGUUUGGAUAUGAAGCUGAUUUUACUGUAUGGAUUGCAAAUGUGACAUAAUUGCUAAUAGUAAUAUUUCUUAGUGAUUGGAAAAUGCAGGUGAGUAAGGUCAACAUGUUUCCGUCUCUCCGGGUUAACUGCUGGUAAUGCGGUAUUUCCACUCACCUGUCUGUUUUCUAGGGAGUUCUCUAGUAUUUCGGGCGUAAGGGGAUGAAGGAGCUCCUGUUCUACUCCUAUAGUUCUCUGUCUCUUGCCACUCCCUCUGUCUUCUGUGUUAUCUACAUGUAUAUACAUAUAUGUGUUUAUAAUGUGUAUCUGAUCAUGGAAAUAAAUUGAGAUCAAGCCACAA